AGACCGAAGAAACCAAGGCAGAAGGUGGAGAGGCGGACCGAGAGCAGGAGCCUGGGGAAGGUGAAUCGAAGCCAAAGCCCAAGGUCUUCAUGCCAAACCUGGUGCCUCCCAAAAUCCCAGAUGGUGAGAGACUGGAUUUUGAUGACAUCCACCGCAAGCGCAUGGAGAAGGACCUGAAUGAACUGCAGGCCCUAAUUGAAGCUCACUUUGAGAGCAGGAAGAAGGAGGAAGAGGAGCUCAUCUCCCUCAAGGACAGGAUUGAACAGCGGCGAGCGGAGAGGGCAGAGCAGCAGCGGAUUCGCAGUGAGAGGGAGAAGGAGCGCCAAGCCCGCAUGGCCGAAGAAAGAGCUCGCAAAGAGGAAGAGGAGGCCCGGAAGAAGGCUGAGGAGGAAGCGCGGAAGAAGAAAGCUUUCUCCAACAUGCUGCAUUUUGGAGGCUACAUGCAGAAGUCAGAGAAAAAGGGUGGGAAGAAGCAAACAGAGCGGGAAAAGAAGAAGAAGAUCCUCAGCGAAAGGCGGAAGCCCCUGAAUAUCGACCACCUCAAUGAAGACAAGCUGCGGGACAAGGCCAAGGAGCUAUGGCAAACCAUCCGCGAUCUGGAGGCUGAGAAAUUUGACCUGCAGGAAAAGUUCAAGCGGCAGAAAUACGAGAUCAAUGUCCUCCGAAACCGCGUUAGUGACCACCAGAAAGUAGCCACCUCCUGUCCUUCCCACGCCUGCCCCCAGGCCCACUGGUACCUGGUGUUCAUGGUCCUGCAGCUCUGGCCCAGGGACCCCAGUCCAUGCUGCUCUGCUCCCACUGAAAGACCCCCAUUGCCUCCCUCCUUCACCAGCUUCUCCCUGCCCCAGAGGCUCUGGCUGGGGAUGGACCCCAGGAAGACCUCACCCCUGCACAUGGAACUUUGUGUCCUGCAGGACCCUGCCAGCCUCCGGCCAUCCCCAUCCCUGCAGUAGCUCUGCCCUCCAUCUCAGGGAAGGUGCUGGAGACCCCAGCUUGUGUAGGAGGGGAAAUCCCGGGGCUGUGGGAGCUGUGCAGCCCCUCAAGGACAGGGGAGCCUGUCCCCAUGCCCAUGUUCCCUGCACAGCUCUGGGGGACCCUUUAUAGGAGGGUGGAGGUGGGUGUUUACCCCCCACCCUCGGGAGCACCAUGCUGCUCUCGCAUCCCCAUCCCACCCUGCCAUCUCACAUGGGAGGCGCUCAGUGUGCCCCACGUAACAAUCAGCAGCAUCCCCCACCCGCUUACACCAAAUCUCUCUUCUCUUCUGCCCCAACAUCGCCUGUCACCGCAGCAAAGGGUGAGUACAGGUUUUUCCUGAGUGCCGUGUGUCUCCCACUGUACGUGUGCUGCAUGGACACUGGGGCUGACGUCAGGCUAGCGGCAAGGCUGAGGGAGAAGGCAAUGCCAAGGAUUGGCAGCCAAAGCUGGGCUGGUGACUCUCAGGAUGACAUGCCAGAAAUGCCCUUCACUGUGCACACGAGCUUCCUCCUCCUCUCUGCUGACCCAUGGCCAGGGCAGUGCCGGCUCCCCUGACGCUGGUUAGGGAGAGCAAUGUGGUGAGUCCUGGCUAACAGCUUCACAGCUUCUGGUUCCUGGGAGAAGGACCCUGCAGCUGUCUUUAUCCCUCCACAGCUGGAGGUCCAACUCAUCUGUUCUUCUCUGAAGGAUCCUUGGGAGGGAGGCACAUGGGAAGGGAAUCAGAGCUCCUUAGAAACACCUGGCCAAAUGCAUGAGCUUGUUCCCAUACAGUGCCAAAACACACAGACUCACUCAGGUCCCAGGCUUUUACCAGGGGCCACUGAAGACCUUGUUCCCCACAGGGCAGUGAGCAUCGACCGGAGAUGGCUCGGUCCUCUUUGCAGGGCCUCUGUUUCUCCUCCAAUGGCACCCACCGUCUCCCUCCUUUCACGGUCACUAACACCUUUUUGC